AAUCAGAAAGUGACGACUUCCCCGCCAAUAUAUUGACAAAUCUUAUUUCGCUAACAUGGUGGAAAGAAAUCAAACAACUUAAAACACUUCUUUUGCCUUACUGUACUGCAUUAAACAGAUUACAACGUAAUAAUGCAAAGCUUCAUGAAAUUUUACACUGUUUUGGUUGGGUAUCAAAGAUUUUAAAGAAUUUACCUGAUUGGGAACUUACCUCCACAUUGUUAAAAAAUUUGGAAAAGAGAUGGGCUACCUGGGAACAGCCUCUGGUUCUUAUAUUCUUUCUUCUUUAUCCAAAAUACCGUGACACUUUUUUUAGCUCAAAUAUCUUAAGCUUAUCAUAUGUAUAUCUUGGGAAAUGGAUAUUAUACUAUUACAAAGUUUGGUUUGGAGAAUCGUCUCAACAUAUUUUGUUUGAAUUAUCUGAGUUUAGUGAGGGUCAAUACCCAUAUGAUGAAGAAACAUAUUCACAAUUCAAUAAUGAUAUUUUACAGUUUUGGAAGUACGCCAGAAGUUAUACUAAAGAAUUAUAUAAGGUAGCACAGCGU